UUCAGACUGCGCUAUGGCGGAAGCAGAGGAGCAGGAAACUGGGUCUCUUGAGGAGUCUACAGAUGAAUCAGAGGAAGAGAGCGAAGAGGAACCCAAACUGAAGUAUGAAAGGCUUUCCAAUGGGGUGACGGAGAUUCUGCAGAAGGAUGCAGCAAGCUGUAUGACGGUUCAUGACAAGUUUUUGGCACUGGGCACACAUUAUGGCAAGGUUUAUUUACUUGAUGUCCAGGGAAACAUCACUCAGAAGUUUGAUGUAAGUCCUGUGAAGAUAAACCAGAUUAGCUUGGAUGAAAGCGGAGAGCACAUGGGAGUGUGUUCAGAGGACGGCAAGGUACAAGUAUUUGGACUAUAUUCUGGAGAAGAAUAUCAUGAGACUUUCGACUGUCCCAUUAAAAUCAUCGCUGUGCACCCACAGUUCGUGAGAUCCAGUUGUAAGCAGUUUGUGACAGGAGGGAAGAAGCUGCUGCUGUUUGAACGGACGUGGAUGAACAGAUGGAAAUCUUCUGUCCUGCAUGAAGGGGAAGGGAACAUAAGGAGCGUGAAGUGGAGAGGCCAUCUGAUUGCUUGGGCCAAUAACAUGGGUGUGAAGAUUUUUGACAUUACCUCCAAGCAAAGAAUCACCAAUGUUCCCCGAGAUGAUAUAAGUCUUCGCCCAGAUAUGUAUCCCUGCAGCCUCUGCUGGAAGGACCCCGUGACACUCAUUAUUGGCUGGGGAACUUCCAUCAAGGUAUGUUCAGUGAAGGAACGUCACGCCAGUGAGAUGAGGGAUCUGCCAAGUCGAUACGUUGAAAUAGUGUCUCAGUUUGAAACUGAAUUCUACGUUAGUGGACUCGCACCUCUCUGCGAUCAGCUUGUUGUGCUUUCCUACGUAAAGGAGGUUUCAGAAAAAACGGAAAGAGAAUACUGUGCCCGGCCUAGACUGGACAUCAUCCAGCCGCUUCCCGAGACGUGCGAAGAGAUCUCAUCAGAUGCUCUGACGGUCAGGGGCUUUCAGGAGAAUGAAUGUAGGGAUUAUCACUUAGAAUACUCUGAAGGGGAAUCACUCUUCUACAUCGUGAGUCCAAGAGAUGUCGUUGUAGCCAAGGAGCGAGACCAGGAUGAUCAUAUCGACUGGCUCCUGGAGAAGAAGAAAUAUGAAGAAGCUUUGAUGGCAGCUGAAAUUAGCCAAAGGAACAUUAAAAGACAUAAGAUUCUGGAUAUUGGGUUGGCAUAUGUAAACCACCUGAUGGAGAGAGGGGACUACGACAUGGCUGCACGAAAAUGCCAGAAAAUUCUUGGGAAAAAUGCAGCCCUCUGGGAAUAUGAAGUGUACAAAUUUAAAGAAAUUGGACAGCUUAAAGCAAUUAGUCCAUAUUUACCAAGAGGGGACCCAGUCCUGAAACCACUCAUCUAUGAAAUGAUCUUGCAUGAAUUUUUGGAAAGUGAUUAUGAGGGCUUUGCCACGUUGAUCAGAGAGUGGCCUGGAGAUCUGUAUAACAAUUCCGUGAUAGUUCAAGCAGUUCGAGACCACCUGAAGAAGGACAGUCAGAACAAGAUUUUAUUAAAAACACUGGCAGAAUUGUACACCUAUGACAAAAAUUAUGGAAAUGCUCUGGAAAUAUACUUAACGUUAAGACAUAAAGAUGUUUUCCAGCUGAUACACAAGCAUAAUCUUUUCAGCUCCAUCAAAGAUAAAAUAGUUUUGUUAAUGGAUUUUGAUUCAGAGAAAGCUGUUGACAUGCUUUUGGACAAUGAAGAUAAAAUUUCAAUUAAAAAAGUAGUAGAAGAAUUAGAAGACAGACCAGAAUUGCAGCAUGUGUAUUUGCAUAAGCUCUUCAAGAGAGACCAUCAUAAGGGACAACGCUACCAUGAAAAACAGAUCAGUCUGUAUGCCGAGUAUGAUCGGCCAAACCUCCUUCCCUUUCUCCGAGACAGUACCCAUUGUCCACUUGAAAAG